AUGUUAAUUCCGCCAAGAUGUGAAAUAAUUAAAUUUUGUCAUACUGACAUUAAAGAUGAGAGUAUUGUGUUAUCAGACCAAUUAUGCGACGGCGUUUUUGUAGCUGGAAUUUUAGUUAAACCUGAUGAUUGUAAUAGAAUUCCUGUUAAAAUUUUAAAUAUUAGAAAUGAAGCCGUAAAUCUUAAAAAUUUUGUACCAAAAGUAGAAAAAUUAGAUAAUUACAAUUUAGAAGAACUUCUGGCGAAGAAAACUCUGCGCAAAGAUUAUCAAGAAUUUGUAUCUUUGGGUUGCGAUAAAAUAGUUGCGAACAAGUCCAGGAGUCCCAUAAAUACACCUCUAUUCGUCGAGGAUGGUAAUGUUCCAAUAGUGCAGAAGUGCAUUAUCCCCGAAUUGCACAUUCUCCAAGGGUUUGUGAAUAAUUUAUUUUGGAUAGUUCUCGUACCUCUUCUCGGCAAGGAAAAAGCUCUGCUCUGGCCUCAGAAAUUAAAAUUGGUAUCAAAAAACUAUCAUGGAGAGGCUUUCGAAGGGAAUGCCUGCAGAACUUUACUCAAGCGAGCAGAUGUGCUAUUGGAACCAGAAAUCAGUGAACACUUGGGCGGAUUUCUAGCUCUUCAACCAUUCAUUGCGGAUUUUAGAGCUAUGGAUAAAAUUGUGCACUCAUGCUUUGCGGUCAGGAGGGUUAAAUCUGAAUUGAGUCAUCAUAAUUAA